CUUCAAUAAUUAUCAUGUAGAUAUAGCAAGAUAAAAAGAUUAUAUGUCAUUGUCAACAGAAAUGGGUGAUAAAGAUGUAAAAUUACCUUACAAGCUGCCAACAUUCCACGACUGGCAACCUCAUGCUUCAUUUUAUCAUCCAUUGUACGCUGGGAGCAUUGAUGGCACAGAUGUUUAUCCACAUGACAAAGCUGUUAUUAGGGCUAUGCUUUCAACAUAUCGACCAAACAAAAAUGUGACUGGGGAUCAAAGCAAGACCCUAUUUGUUGCUCGUCUGAGCAAGGAUACUGGGGAAGAUGAAGUUCAAAAGAUAUUUGAAAAGUAUGGACACCUUGAAAAAUGUCGGCUCAUCCGUGAUUUUGUAACUGGUUUUUCUAAAGGAUAUGCUUUUGUUGAAUACAAGAAGAAAAAAGAUGCUUUAUAUGCUGCAAGGGAAACACACCAAAUGAAUAUAAAUGGACGACAGAUCUUAGUUGAUUUUGAAUGUGAAAGAAAUUUAGAAGGAUGGAAACCUCGUCGUUUUGGUGGUGGCUUUGGUGGUAAAAAAGAGUCUGGUCAGCUAAGAUUUGGUGGAAUUGACAGACCAUUUAGACGACCACUACCUCAAAAUGUAAUUCAUUUUGAUCGAAGCCAACCAUUUAAGACAUCCAAUAAUGCUGAUGCUGAGGAUCACAGGAAACGGGACAGAGAAGAGGGGUAUGAUAGGAGUAGAAGUGGACAUGAAAAGGAAAGAUGGGAUAGAAGUGAGAGGGAUAUCAAAGGUAGUGAUCAAAGGAGCUCCAAAAAGGGUAGGGAUGAUCAUAGAGAAAGAAGGGAAUAUAGGGAUCAUAGGGAUCAUAGGGAUCAUGUUGAGAAAAGAAGGCAAAGGGAGGAAGUCAAGUCAGAUGGAAGACAAGUACAUUGUGAAAGAGAUCAAUGUAAAGAUCGAUAUAAAUUUCAUAAUAGAUACAGGGACAGAAGUCCCAGAAAGGACAAAAGGGACAAAAAAACUCAUCGACAUUCGGAAAAAUAGGACAAUUCUAGGCAAUAAUAUGCUGUAAAAUCUUUAUAGAAGCGAUGUAAAUUGUAAGUUAUUUUGAUUAUUGCUGAAUUAAUUUGUAUAUGCAUUCGAGCCUAUUAGAAUAAUUGAAAUAAUUGACACGCA